AUGGGUCAAAUGGUCUUUCGUAAGGGUUUCCAUACAUUCCAUAGGGACCAUACGGAAGAACUACUGGUGGAGGAAGAGUUCCAGUUUCAAAUAGCAGAACUUUUGAGACAGAUAUGCUUAAUGUAUGACAACAUCUCUGAUUUCACAAGAUAUGAUGACGACCAUGACCCCGAACACGGUGAAGAAGAAGUUUUACAAACAUCCAUUAAGACAGGAAAGGUUUUAACUCAAAGUCUCAUUAUUGACACCAAAGAUGGCGAAGUGGACGUUCUUCAAGAGCUGAAGAAAAAUACUUCUUCGGGAGGUGGUGGUAGGCAUGAACUUGAAAUAAAUGAGAUAGAAGAGAAAUUAGCCGAAAAAGCAGAUAAAGAACAUAAACACAAUAUCUCCGAUAUAAAUGAACUUCAAGCUACAUUAAAUAGUAAAGCAGAUAAAAAUGAACUUGACGCAACGAACAAAGUUUUGAAAUCUCAUAAACACAAUAUCUCCGAUAUAAAUGAACUUCAAACUUCUUUAGACAAUAAAGCAGACAAAAACCAUGUUCAUUAUAUAAGUUCAGACGAACAGAUUAUAACGGACUACCAUGGAUAUUUAACACGAAGUGAUGAAGCGAAGACAAAAAAUGUUAAUGAAAGAAGAUAUAAAUACAUUCGUGCUAAAGGUUAUGACAUACACUGUACUGUACAGUAUGAUGUAGCUAAAGCACCAGAAGCAUUUGGUUAUACCGGUGAAAUUUAUGCCUCUACUUUCAAUGUUAAUGGUGUAUUAGUUGAACCAAGAUUUACUUUGAGAGUUAAGUCAAAAAUAACGUUUGAAGAUGCUAUUAAAAGUAAAGCUGACAAAGAUGAACUUGACGCAACGAACAAAGUUUUGAAAUCUCAUAAACACAACAUCUCCGAUAUAAAUGAACUUCAAACUUCUUUAGACAGUAAAGCCGACAAGAACCAUACACAUAAAUCCUUCACUACUGUUAGAGCAGACGACAUAAUAUUGAACUUUGACCUUGGUUCAAGUGCACCAUUAGAAAAUCCAAGUACAAGCGUAAAAGAUACUCUUAACAGUUUAGAUAACA